AUGGCUCCCGCCGUCGGUAUUGAUCUGGGAACCACCUACUCCUGUGUGGGUGUCUUCCGCGAUGACCGCAUUGAAAUCAUCGCCAACGACCAGGGUAACCGCACCACCCCCUCGUUCGUCGGUUUCACCGACACCGAGCGUCUCAUCGGUGAUGCCGCCAAGAAUCAAGUCGCCAUGAACCCCCACAACACUGUCUUUGAUGCCAAGCGUCUCAUUGGUCGUCGUUUCCAGGACGCUGAAGUCCAGGCCGAUAUGAAGCACUGGCCUUUCAAGAUCGUUGAGAAGGCUACCAAGCCCGUCAUCGAGAUCGAGUUCAAGGGUGAGGCCAAGCAGUUCACCCCUGAGGAGAUCUCCGCCAUGAUCCUCGUCAAGAUGCGUGAGACCGCCGAGGCUUACCUCGGUGGUACUGUCAACAACGCUGUUAUCACUGUUCCUGCCUACUUCAACGAUUCUCAGCGUCAGGCUACCAAGGAUGCCGGUCUCAUUGCCGGUCUCAACGUUCUCCGUAUCAUCAACGAGCCCACUGCCGCUGCCAUUGCCUACGGUCUUGACAAGAAGGUCGAGGGUGAGCGCAACGUUCUGAUCUUCGAUCUUGGUGGUGGUACUUUCGAUGUUUCUCUCCUGACCAUCGAGGAGGGUAUCUUCGAGGUUAAGGCCACUGCUGGUGAUACUCACUUGGGUGGUGAGGACUUCGACAACCGUCUGGUCAACCACUUCGUCAACGAGUUCAAGCGCAAGCACAAGAAGGACUUGACCACUAAUGCCCGUGCUCUCCGUCGUCUCCGCACCGCUUGCGAACGUGCCAAGCGCACCCUCUCUUCCGCCGCCCAGACCUCUAUCGAGAUCGACUCUCUCUUCGAGGGUGUCGACUUUUACACCUCCAUCACCCGUGCCCGUUUCGAGGAGCUCUGCCAGGACCUCUUCCGCGGUACCAUGGAGCCCGUUGAGCGUGUCCUCCGUGACGCCAAGAUCGACAAGUCCUCCGUUCACGAGAUUGUCCUCGUCGGUGGUUCUACCCGUAUCCCUAAGAUCCAGAAGCUUGUCUCCGACUUCUUCAACAAGGACGCCAACAAGUCCAUCAACCCCGAUGAGGCCGUUGCCUACGGUGCCGCCGUCCAGGCCGCUAUCCUGUCCGGUGACACUUCUUCCAAGUCCACCAACGAGAUCCUGCUUCUCGAUGUCGCUCCUCUUUCCCUCGGUAUUGAGACCGCCGGUGGUGUCAUGACUCCUUUGAUUAAGCGCAACACCACUAUCCCCACCAAGAAGUCCGAGACCUUCUCUACCUACUCUGACAACCAGCCCGGUGUCCUGAUCCAGGUCUUCGAGGGUGAGCGUGCUCGCACCAAGGACAACAACCUCCUCGGAAAGUUCGAGCUCACUGGCAUCCCCCCGCCCCCCGUGGUUGAGGUCACCUUCGAUGUUGAUGCCAACGGUAUCAUGAACGUCUCCGCUCUCGAGAAGGGUACCGGAAAGUCCAACAAGAUUACCAUCACCAACGACAAGGGCCGUCUCUCCAAGGAGGAGAUCGAGCGCAUGCUUUCCGAGGCUGAGAAGUACAAGGAAGAGGACGAGCUUGAGUCUGCCCGCAUCCAGGCCAAGAACGGCCUUGAGUCCUACGCAUACUCCCUCAAGAACACACUCUCCGAGGGCAAGCUCCAGAUCUCCGAGGAUGACAAGAAGAAGGUCGAGGAGAAGAUCAACGAGGUCAUCGGCUGGCUCGAUAGCAACCAGACUGCUGAGAAGGACGAGUAUGAGUCCCAGCAGAAGGAGCUUGAGGCUGUUGCCAACCCCAUCAUCUCUGCUGCCUACGGCGGACAGGCUCCCCCUGGUGCCGGUGCCCCCGAGGGUGGUGCCCGCUCCGCUGACGAGGUCGAGGAGAACCCUGAGGAGCUUGACUAA